UCCAUGUUGGCGCAGCACUGCGGAGCGACUCACGGCGCUUCUCAAGAGCACUAGAUUUUUUUCUUUUGUUUUUCACUUCCGAGGUGGUAAGGACUUUGUGUGAGAACACAAACAAAUAUGCUUGGAUGCACAUUUUGGACCGGCAGACAUACGCUCGGCGUGACGGCUCCUGGGAGAAGGUCACACCGCUCGAGAUGCUGCAAUUUAUUGGGAUUCUCAUCUACAUGGGAAUGGUUGAAGUUCCGCGACUGCACUUAUACUGGAAAACAACAGGAAUAUUCAGAGGCCUUCUACCACCAAAUAUUAUGCCAAGAAAGCGCUUUUCUGCGCUGCUGGCGUUCUUACACGUAUCGGACCCGGAGGACUGUGGAGCUGCAGCUUCUGUCGGCAAAACCUGGAAGGUAUACUGGCUGUUGAAGCACAUCAAUGAAAAAUCAGCAAGUUUUUUCCAACCACGGCGUGAUCUCUCAGUCGAUGAACGCAUGGUAAAAUCUAAAGCCCGAUCAGGAAUAAGGCAAUACAUUCGAGACAAAGUGACGAAGUGGGGAUACAAACUCUGGGUGGUGGCAGACUCAAGAACAGGCUACACCCUUCAAUUUGUUGUGUACACUGGCAAGCGUGAGACACCAGGACCUCAUGGUCUAGCUUUUGACGUAGUCACCAAGCUCUGCACAGAGUACCUUGAUCAAGGGUACAAGAUUUACAUGGACAACUUCUAUACAUCAACGAAACUUUUCGACCACCUCCUUGCGCGCAAGACGUUUGCAUGCGGCACAUCUCGCAAAGAUCGCCGAUGUUUUCCAGCUGAAUUGAAAGAUGCUAAAUGGGAAAGAAGAGCUCAGCGGGGAGAUGUUAGAUGGAUUCGUGAAGGGAACAUCCUCUACAUGCAGUGGAAAGACAGGCGUGCGGUAAACCUGAUGAGCACGAUGCAUACAGCAAACGAGCAUGUUUCGGCCCAACGAAGAGAAAAAAGAGGGGACAAGUGGACUUUGAGGACCAUCAAAAAGCCGCUUCUAGUCCACGAAUACAACGCUGGAAUGUUGGGAGUCGACAAGUCGGACCAAAUUAUUGGAACAUACAACGUCCUGAGGAAAUGUGUGCGUUGGUGGAAGACGCUAUUUUUCCAUUGUGUGGACAUUGCAUGCGUAAAUAGUUUUAUACUCUUCCAAGAACACCGCAAAGAGAACCCAGACGUCCCAGAACUUUCCAGAAGUGCCUACUUUGACCAGCUGGCAUUUAGAGAAGAGCUAAUUCAGCAGAUCUUUGAGUACGAUGGAGCAGCGCAAAGUGGUACCCCCUUCUCACCUCAUGUCCCUGCUUGCCACCAACCAAAAAGAAUGGAGAGGAGAAGAAACUGCAAGCUCUGCUAUCGAAAGACAAAAUCCCAAUCCAGAACAAACGUCUUCUGCGCCACAUGCGAAAUUUAUCUUUGCUUCCUACCUUCACGUGACUGCUUUUCUGAGUGGCACAGCCUUCGGAACCGCUAACUUUGCUGGCCACGAAAAAUACAGAACACGGCGCACAGAACUGGAAGAUAUUGAAAUGAU